AUGGCCCCUCAACUCGAUAGCUACUUCAAACAGGUAGACGAUUCAGCCGACCACUUCAUUGAGCGUCUCCGAAAGGCUGUUGCGAUUCCCUCAAUUUCGGCCGAGGAUGCUCGUCGCCCCGAUGUCGUCCGCAUGGGAGAAUGGCUCGGCAACGAGCUGAAAAGCCUGGGAGCUGAGGUCGAGCUUCGACCUCUUGGCAAACAGCCUCACAAGGAGCACCUUGAACUCCCUCCCGUCGUCCUCGCCCGCUACGGAAACGACAAGAACAAGCGAACAAUCCUUGUGUAUGGUCACUAUGAUGUUCAGCCUGCCGAGAAGAGUGAUGGCUGGGCUACUGAGCCGUUCCAGCUCAGCGUUGACGACAAGGGCCGCAUGUUUGGGCGUGGUUCCACAGAUGACAAAGGGCCGGUCCUGGGCUGGCUCAAUGCUAUAGAGGCUCACCAGAAGGCCGGCGUCGACUUUCCCGUCAACUUGCUGAUGUGCUUUGAGGGUAUGGAGGAAUACGGCUCAGAGGGUCUGGAGGAGUUCAUCCAGGCCGAGGCCAAGAAGUACUUUGCCGAUACCGAUGCUGUCUGUAUUUCUGACAACUACUGGCUCGGUACCGAGAAGCCUUGCCUAACUUACGGUCUACGAGGCUGCAACUACUAUUCCGUCGAAGUCUCCGGACCUGGGGCCGACCUUCACAGUGGUGUCUUUGGUGGCACUGCCCAGGAGCCCAUGACUGACUUGGUUCGCGUUUUGGGCUCGCUGGUCGACACCAACGGCAAGAUCCAAAUCCCUGGAAUCAUGGAGCAGGUUGCUCCAGUCACCAAAGAAGAAGAAGGCCUGUACGACGGCAUUUCUUUCACAAUGGACACCAUUUUCGAGUCACUGGGUAGCAAGACUACGAUUCAUGACGACAAGAAGAACACUCUGAUGGCCCGUUGGAGAUACCCGUCCCUGUCUGUCCACGGUAUUGAGGGUGCCUUCUCCAGUCCUGGAGCCAAGACGGUCAUUCCCGCCAAGGUCAUUGGAAAGUUCUCCAUCCGGACGGUCCCCAACAUGGACAUUGACACCACAAACAAGUGCGUCUACCAGUAUGUCGAAGAGCAGUUUGCCAAGCUAAAGAGCAAGAACACCAUGAAGGUGUAUGCGCAACACACCGGCAAGUGGUGGGCUGCCUCUCCCAAGCACUGGAACUUUUCCGCAGCCGCCAAGGCCACGGAGCGUGUUUGGGGUGUUCAGCCUGACUUCACUCGUGAGGGUGGAAGCAUCCCAGUUACUCUAACCUUUGAGGAGGCCACGGGCAAGAACGUCCUCCUGCUUCCCAUGGGAAGUUCAACCGAUGGUGCCCACUCGAUCAACGAGAAGCUGGACAAGCGUAACUACAUCGAGGGCAUCAAGCUCCUGGGCGCGUACUUGCACUACGUUGCUGAGGAGCCCCAGUCGUAG